AUGCCGCGUCAAGUAAAGGUGAGCAUUAUUCAAGUACCAGAUGAAAUACACCUAGAAAGCAACUAUGGUUGGCGGUACCCAAGUGGUAACUCUACAAUAAAGCGGGCCACUAUACAAGAAACUGAUUCGUCUUGUCCCCAAAGUGAACCCCAAAAGCUUCUUCUGUCUGUUACACAAGAUCCUUUUCAGUUACAAUCUUCAGAAAAAAACGAUGCGAUAUUCAAUACUCUAGAAGUAUCUUUAGAAAGUCAACUGCAACUUCAUAAUGAGAAACGGUUGUUUUCUUGGUUAUUUUCCAAAAAAGUCCCGCCUAUUCCAUCAGAAGAUGAAAGAAAAGAAUAUCCAUGGCGUAAGGCGAAUCCCUUGAGUAGGUUGAUGUUCUGGUGGAUUUUCCCAGUAUUAAAGAAAGGUUACAAGCGAACAUUGGUUCCCGAUGAUUUGUUCAAGUUGACGCCAGAGUUGAAGGUAGAGUACAUGUACGGCAAGUGGGAACGCCACUUGAAGGUAAUCAUAGAGAAACACAAGAGAAAACACCCCGAAUCGGACAAAUGGCCGCCCUAUGCUAUUCCAUAUGCCUUGUUUUUGACGUACUUUGGGAUUUAUACAACGGUGAAUAGAGGUGUUGGGUUGACACUCGCUUCCAUGAUACUCAUUUUGGUGAAUGGAUUAUUACUCAACCACUUUAAUAACAACUCAAUGAUUUGUGGGGCAAAAUCCAAAGCUAUCUUAACAAAGGCUUUGUUGAUCAAAUCUUUUAAUCUAAGCGCCAGAUCCAAGUAUAUGUUCCCAGCGGGAAGAAUUACUAGUUUGAUGAGUAUUGAUUUAGCAAGAAUUGAUCUAGCUGUUGGGUUUCAGCCAUUGGUGCUAUGCUUUCCCAUUCCGGUCAUAAUAUCAAUUACCAUUUUACUAGUGCACAUUGGAGUUGCAGCAUUAGCUGGAAUUGGUCUUUUUGUCGUCUCCUUGGUCGUUUGUGUACUCUUGACUAAAAAGUUGUAUACUACUAGAGAAAAGAUCAUUGAAUAUACAGAUGAGAGGGUGUCCCUUAUGAGGGAGAUUCUCAAUAAUCUCAAAAUCAUCAAGUUUUAUGCAUGGGAAAUGGCAUACAAGGCUUCCAUUACAAAGGUGCGCAAUAAGGAAAUAAAAUACUUGUUUACAAUCAAAGUCUUGAGAAACUUCAUCACAGCUUAUGCUGUUACUUUGCCAGUAUUGUCCUCCAUGGUGUCUUUCAUAACAAUGUGGGCAAGUGGUCCCAUGAAGUCCCCAGGUGAAGUUUUCAGUUCAUUAUCGUUAUUUGCAGUUCUAGCACAAGCAAUUAUGUUGCUUCCUAUCGCCCUAGCUACAGGUGCCGAUGCAUUAAUCGGAUUUAGAAGGUGUUGCGAUUUUCUAUCUGCAGAGGAGUUUUCUCAAGAACUAAAUGAAAAAUUUAUUUCUAAUGCAAAUGAUUACUAUAUCGAGGGUGAUGAUAAAAGAGCCAUUGAAAUAUCGCAUGCUGAUUUCAAUUGGGAAGACUUUCAUGACAAGCUAGAUGCAGAUCUAUGGGAUUUGGAAAAAAACAAACGAAGCAAUUAUCAAGAAAAAGUCACUAGUAUUUGCGCUAGUGAUGACGAUAUUUCUAGUAGUACAGCUAUAAGCUGUGAUGAUGAUCGUUUUCAUGGUUUGAUUGAUGUGAAUCUCACAAUAAAUGCCAAAGAGUUUGUUAUAGUAGUAGGUGGAAUAGGGUCAGGAAAAACGUCGCUUUUAUAUGCAUUAGCAGGGUACAUGAAAUUGUCCAAUCCCUCGAGAGGUCUGAUUACCAGAUACAAGGAGAUAUUGCUAUGUUCGUCGCCGUGGAUACAAAACGCCACAGUUCGUGAGAAUAUCUUGUUUGGCAAGCCGUUUGAUAUCGAAAAGUACAGAAAGGUACUCUUUGCAUGUGCAUUGGAGGAUGACAUUGCAAUGUUGCCUACUGGGGACCGAACCGAGAUCGGAGAGCGUGGAAUCACCCUAUCGGGAGGGCAGAAAGCCAGGAUCAAUCUUGCCAGAGCGUGUUAUAGUGACGCUGAGGUUUUACUCUUGGACGAUGUGAUAUCAGCGGUGGACUCAAAAGUUGCGAGACAUAUUGUGAUACAUUUAUUCAAAGGAUUGUUGAAGGACAAGACAAUUGUUUUAGCCACUCAUCAGUUAGGAAUAUUGGAGUUUGCUGACAAAGUUGUGUUAAUUGAUAAAGGAAGAGUGAGAGUGAAAGUCGGUUCUGUACCAGAAUUGGUCAAGGACGAUAUUGAUUUAACAAAACUCAUCAAAAGCAAACAAGAAGCAGAAGAAAUAGAAAAAGAAAGCACAGUAAACUCGGAAUUGUACUCAACAGUGAGUAAAAAUGAGGGUCUCUCAAAAGUCAUCAAUGAAGAUAUGGAUCUCACUGGGAGAACUACAACGGACGAGGAAAGAGCAAUCAAUGCCAUCUCAUGGGACAUAUACAAGAAAUAUAUUGAAUUGGGAUCAGGAAUAUUUGGACAAUUUGCUAUUCCAAUAUUCAUUACGGUGAUAAUUCUUGCUACUUUUUUACAGGUCUUUACAAACACAUGGUUAUCUUUCUGGAUGGAAAAUAAACUAAAAGGACACAGUGAUCAUUUUUAUGUUGGCCUAUAUGUCAUGUUUUGUUUCUUAACAGUUAUUUUUACUGGAUUGGAGUUUAUCGUUUUGGCAUAUAUGCAAGAUUGUUCAUCUAAUCAAUUGACUUUGAAAGCAGUGAAAAGAAUUUUACAUGUGCCCAUAUCGUAUAUAGAUACUACACCGUUGGGCAGAAUAUUGAAUCGAUUCACAAAAGACACAGAUUCCCUUGAUAAUGAGAUUGGAGAGCAGAUGAGAUUGUUUAUCUUUCCAUUUGCUUUGGUUAUAGGUGUAAUAAUUUUGUGCAUUUGUUACUUGCCUUACUUUGCAGUGGCAGUUCCGUUCUUGGUAAUUGCAUUUACAAUAUUGGUCAACUUCUACCAGGGGUCAUCAAGAGAGAUCAAGAGAUUAGAGGCAACUCAAAGAUCUUUGGUGUACAAUAACUUUAAUGAAACCUUGACCGGUUUGACUACUAUUAGAUCAUUUAGAGCUGAGGCCAAUUUCAUUGCUAAGAACGAUUACUUUUUAAACAAGAUGAAUGAGGCCUACUUUUUAUCCAUUGUUAAUCAAAGAUGGCUAUGUGUUCAUUUGGAUCUUAUCACCUCCAGUUUUGCCUUGAUUAUCUGUAUGCUUUGCAUCACGGGACAAUUCAAUAUAAAUGCACCUUCUACAGGGUUGCUACUCAACUAUGUCAUGCAAUUAGUUGGUAUACUAUCUUUGGGUGUUAGAGCCAUGACUGCAGUGGAGAAUGAAAUGAAUUCUGUGGAGAGAUUGUAUGAAUAUGCGUUCAAAUUGCCACAGGAGUCUGCCUACACCAUUGAAGGCAAGACACCACCAUCUGAAUGGCCACCGUCAGGGUAUGUUUCGUUUAAGGAUGUUCAUCUCAGAUACAGACCAAACUUGCCGUUAGUACUCAAAGGAUUGAACAUUGACUUUUAUCCAGGAGAGAAAGUUGGAAUAUGCGGCAGAACGGGUGCAGGAAAAUCAUCCAUCAUGACAGCUUUGUAUAGACUAACGGAAUUGGAACAAGGCAAGAUUGAGAUUGAUGGUUUUGAUAUCUCAAAAAUGGGACUAUUCGACUUGAGGUCGAAGUUGUCGAUCAUUCCUCAAGAUCCUGUAUUGUUCCAAGGUACAAUAAGGAAAAAUCUAGAUCCAUUCCAAGAACAUGAUGACUAUACGUUGUGGAGGGCCCUAGCAGGAGCCAGUCUCAUUGAAAGGUAUCAGAUUCCAUACUUGUCUACAAUGCGGUACCUGAUGUCAGCCGGUGUCAGCUACAAAGCCCUCAACAAGUUUCAUUUGGACCAAAUAGUGGAAGAUGACGGCACAAACUUCUCGCUUGGUGAAAAGCAACUUAUUGCAUUAGCGAGAGCGUUGGUUCGUAAUACCAAGAUACUAGUAUUAGAUGAAGCUACGAGUUCUGUUGACUUUGUUACGGAUUCCAAGAUCCAGGAAACUAUACGCAGAGA